CCGGGAAAAAUCCAAACAAGCAACAUCAUUCAUUGACUGGUAAUUUUCAUAGUCUUCAUUGAAUUCUCUCAAUCUCCUGCAGCUCUUUGUGGAGAAAAACCAAGGAGUAGCCAUGGCUACUGGUAGAGAAGGUGGUGACUCAGUAAUGGAGGUGCCUCUCUUGGAAAGAGACUCGUCCACUGCUUCUUCUUCAUCGCUUUGGGUUGUGGUCGCCAGCACCGCCGUCGCCGUCGCCGGUUCUUUUGUGUUUGGUUGCUCGGUGGGAUUUUCUUCUCCAGCACAGUCUGGAAUUAUGAGAGAUCUUCACCUUUCCUUUGCCUGAGUACUCUGUAUUUGGCUCAAUCUUGACAAUUGGAGCAAUGAUAGGUGCUGUAAUGAGUGGAAGAGUCACAGAUAUGAUUGGUAGAAAAUUGGCAAUGGCUACAUCUGACUUUUUCUGCAUUGUGGGAUGGCUUGCCAUAUUCUUCGCCAAGGGUGUUUGGUGGCUUGAUCUUGGAAGGCUUUCAGUUGGCUAUGGUAUUGGACUUCUUUCAUACAUUGUUCCAGUGUACAUAGCAGAAAUAACACCCAAAAAUCUCAGAGGUGGAUUUACAACUGUAAAUCAGUUGAUGAUAUGUUGUGGGUCAUCCCUAGCCUUCUUGUUCGGAACAUUUUUAACUUGGCGUACCCUGGCUUUACUAGGAGUUUUUCCGUGUCUGCUGCAACUUGUCGGCCUCCUAUUUAUUCCUGAGUCUCCUAGAUGGCUGGCAAAGGUUGGCCAUCAUGCUAGAUUCGAGGCAGCUUUACAGAGUCUACGUGGGAAGGAAACUGACAUCUCACUGGAAGCUGAGGAGAUCAAGGAUUUCACUGAAACCCUUCAACGCUCACCGAAGACUACUGUGCUAGAUUUGUUUCAGAAGAAGUAUCUUCAUUCAGUUGUUGUCGGAGUUGGAUUAAUGGUGUUUCAGCAAUUUGGUGGUGUGAAUGCAGUUUGCUUUUAUGCGAGUGCAAUAUUUGUUUCAGCAGGUUUCUCGAGUGAUAUUGGAUCGAUAGCAAUGGUUAUUAUCCAGAUUCCGAUGACUACAUUGGGUGUGUUUUUGAUGGAUGUAUCUGGAAGAAGACCGCUUUUAAUGAUUUCAGCAGCGGGCACAUGCUUGGGCUGUUUCCUAGUUGGAAUGUCAUUCCUCUUUAAGGGGCAUGAACUUUUGAUGAAUGUGAACCCUUUCUUCGCAUUGGUGGGAAUACUGGUGUUUACUGGAUCAUUCUCAUUGGGCAUGGGAGGAAUCCCAUGGGUCAUAAUGUCGGAGAUAUUUCCAAUAAACAUGAAAGCAUCAGCAGGAAGCCUUGUAACUUUAAUUAGUUGGUUUGGUUCCUGGAUUGUUUCAUAUGCUUUCAACUUUCUCAUGGCCUGGAAUUCAGCAGGCACAUUCUUUAUGUUCGCCACCGUUUGUGGUCUUACUGUUUUAUUUGUGGCGAAGCUUGUGCCGGAGACCAAAGACCGAACACUGGAAGAGAUACAAGCUUCAAUGAAUUCCUUCUCUCUCGGAAAACCACGAAUUCAACAUCCUUGAUCGAUAACUUCAUACUAACAUUUUGAAACUUUUUUAACAUCAAUUACUGCAAAAACUUGACUCGGUUCUUAUGAGAACACUGCAAAACUUUUCUUAAGCAUGAAUUGCAGCUUAACAAUCUCAGUGGUUUUUAUUAGGAAUUAAUCAUUUGUUUUUAUAAUUCAUGAAUAUUCACCAUGGUUGCUUAAUACCAUGGGUUAUGUUCUA